GCAUUCGUGUUGUGGAGUUGGUGGUGAUCUGAGCUAAUAAGUUCUCAGGAGACUAUUGUGAUUGGAUUUGUGCCAUAAGAUGAUUAGGAAAACGGCGAUAAUGAUCAGCCUAGCAGUGGUGCUAUCUUAUCUUAUACUUGGGAUUGUGGCAGAAUACGAAGGGAGCGACGAAUACAAUUUUCCACAGUCCGAGGAUGAGCCAUUCUAUUACCACGUGCCAGACUACAGAUUCGACUACAGCGUGGCGUCGCCGCACACGGGGGAUAUGCACAAUCGGCAGGAGCGCCGCUUCGGCGACGAGGUGAGUGGCUACUACAGCCUCAUGGAGCCAGACGGCACCUACCGCGAAGUGCACUACAAGGCAGACCGCAAGCACGGCUUCACUGCAGUCGUCAAGAAGUACAGGAACGGGGUGCUCAUUGAAACUUCGUAGAAUAUCGUCAGAUUUAGACUCAAAGAGUGGUCCUGAUUCUGUAGAACUCAAAUAGUGACUCAAUACUGACUCAAAUAUUCAGCCUGGUUCUGUAUAAAUUAAAGUUUGAAGAGAUUUGAUAUGUGUAGCAAUACUUAUAAUUAUAAGGAAUAAAUUAUAAGUAUGCGAAUAUUGUUACAGGAAUCGAGCAGAAUUGGUGAAUUUUAAUAAAUUUUCGUGUUCUUGUGAAUAGUGGAGUGGUAUGAGUUGUAAAGUUGUGGUAGUCAAUAAUAUUAUUCUCAUUCAAAAUUUCUACGCUCCUCAACACGAAGAGAUUGGCGUUCCGUCUUACGAACGGAUCUGACUAGAGACCGAUCUCUCACGUGUAGACCAAACUGUAAGGACCAAGAUAGAAAUAGCCCAUAAUAUGAAAUAUAAAAAUUUCAGCCGUAAGUCCGGCUGAAGGCCGAUCGCAGAAACAGCCUCAAGGCUGAAAAUAUGAAAUUGUUAUUAUGCUGGACUAGCUCUGUGAUGGUCUCUUGGUUUGAUCCACAAAUGAGAGAUCUUCCUUCAGUCCGAUCUGUCAGGAGAUUGAAGCCGAUAUCCAUGGAGGGGACACUUAGAAUCAAAAUCCCCUCUUAUCAGAUAUAUUGAGGCAAAAAAGUCGUUAUUAUUGAAAGAGAGAGUAUGUAUGUGAAUUUUGGAAAGUGAGCAUGAAAAAAUGGAUGGAUUUAGUAAGCUAAGCUAUAUCAUAUCAUAGAGUAAAUAAUACAUUGUAUAUCGUUUCAACAAUCAUAAAGAUAAUACUUGUAGCAAUCAUUUUGUCUCUGAUUAUAUCCUAUGGAGAAACGUUAAUAUAGUAGUAGUUCAGUCCUUUAUAAUUAAUUCAGAACGAUCUAUCACUUUUAGUUCAACAACUUUCAUCUCAUAAUAUGUGAACUGAUUAGCUAGUUAAUGAGUAAACUUAAGAUUGCUCUUGGAUUGAGUUAAUAUCUGACAUUAAAAGUCACUUGUACUAAUAAACGUUUAUUUCACAAAA